AUGGAAAAUUACGAAAGACUAGAAGAAAUAGGCAAAGGAAGCUAUGGUUCAGUUUACAAGAUCAGAAGGAAAUCAGAUAAUCAAAUCCUAGUAUGGAAAGAACUUGACUAUGGAAGAAUGACUGAAAGAGAAAAAUCCCAAGUAGUCUAGGAGGUUAACAUUUUAAGUUAGCUAAAUCAUCCUAACAUCGUUAAAUACUUUGACAAAAUUGUGGAUAAAGAAUAAAAGAAAAUUUACAUAAUAAUGGAAUACUGCGAAAAUGGCGAUAUGGCUUAAUUGAUCAAAAAGUGCAAGACUGAGCGUGAUCAUGUAGCAGAGGAUGUAGUUUGGAAAAUCUUUGUACAAAUAAUUUUAGCUUUAAAAGAAUGCCAUAAUAGAAAAGAGGGCAAGGUUCUUCACAGAGAUUUGAAACCAGGAAAUGUCUUUUUUGACAUUGGAAAUAAUGUCAAAUUAGGUGAUUUUGGACUAUCAAGAAUUUUGUCCUAAGAAUCUGAAUAUGCUCACACAAAUGUUGGAACUCCUUAUUAUAUGUCUCCUGAGUAAAUAAAUGAGGCCUAAUAUAAUGAAAAAACAGAUAUUUGGUCAUCAGGAUGUGUUCUUUAUGAAAUCAUUGCAUUGAGGCCUCCUUUUGAAGCUUCGAAUCAUCUCGCACUUGCUUAAAAAAUUAUCGGAGGUAAAAUUGAAAGAAUUCCUGAAAGAUACUCAGAGGAUCUUUAAAAUGUAAUUGAAUGGAUGUUAAGCACUGAGCCUGAAAAGAGACCGUCUGUUAAUGAACUAUCUGAUAUUCCAAAAAUCAAAUUAAGAAUGAAGGAAAGAGAAAUGAGAUAAGAGUACGCUUAGUUAAAAUAAACAGACACUGACAUAACUAAAAGAAUGGAAGAGCUAAAAAAGUGGGAAGAUGAAAUUACCUUAAGAGAAGAUGCUUUAAGAGAGAGGGAGCAUAAGGCAUAGCAGCUGAAACUCUAAAUUUCUUAGAGCAGUGGAGGGUUAGGUGUAAUGAAAUCUAUGGAACUAUAUUAAUCAAUGGAUAAUUAAAUGGCUUUUGACAAAAUACUUCAUAAAUACUAAAUGGAAAAUUCAAAUGAAUCCUCUAAUUUCAGGAAAAAUUCUUAGCAGAGUCAAAGCUACUCUAAUUAAGGCUAAAAUGACUCAAUGGAUAAUAAAUAUUUUCAAACUACUUCAUAAUCAUCUGUGACUGAAAUACUUAAAAAAGCUCGUUAAUAAUCAGGAUCAAAUAAAAGACCAGACCACUCGAAUAAAUAGAGCUCAAUAUGUGAGUUGAACGAUCAUAAUAAAACAAGGAGAGUUGAUUCAUAAAACAGACUUUUUGGGGAUGUUUCAAUAGCAUCUUCAAUUGAUGCAAGUUCUGUUCAAAUGAUGGGAACAGGAAAGAAACUGCACAUCCACUAUAGUACAGCAAGUAAUAAUGGAACUCCAAAGGACAUAAAAUUCGCCCCGAACGCAACUUUUGAUAAUACUCUGAUUCAAAAUAGUAUGGAUUCAUAAAAAAUCUCAACAUUCUAAUUAAGCAGUAAAGUUUAAAAUUCAUAGCAAUAAAAUGGUCCAGAUAGUUACAGAAGAUAAUAAGAGUAAAGCGAUAAUCAAAAUCUUACUAGAAAUGAUUCUUACACAAAAACAUAAGAUGGAUCUCAAUAGAUAACAUCUCUAAGAUAAGGCCUUCCUAAAAAAGGCUCUAAAAUUUCAUCAAGAGAUUAGUAAUCAUCAGCUACUAAUAUUUUCAAGCAGAUAAAUGCAUAGAUCCAAAAUGGCUGCCAUCCUCGUGUCUAAAGUGCUAUUCCAAAGGGAGACUCUAAUAUUAAAUCAACCUAAUAACUACCUCCAUAAUCUGCCACUUCAAAUUCUCAGAAAAACUAAACACCUUAAUUAUAAAUUCCUAAUAGUUUGGCUGAAAGAUUAGCUCUUAAGGACAUGGAGUAACCAAAUAAUGGAAGAUCAAGCAAUCUUUAGAAAAGACCGUCUAGUUCAUCUGGGUGUAAUAGCCUAACGAGGAUUUCAAGCAUGAACUAGAAAUAAAUACAACUAUAAUAGUAGCAGUAGUAGUUAAUGUAACAGCAGCAACAGUUCCAAUAUCAUAUUCAAAACAAUGAUUAGAUGAGCCAAUAACUAAACUCUAUGAAUAAUAGCAGCUGUAACACAGCAUAAAACUCGUCGCAUAAAAUCAAGUAAUGA